AUGAUUCAACGCAUGGAGAGAAACAUGCGUCACCGACGGCAGAACGCAAAAUCGUGUUCGAGUCCAUCAACUAUUGGAUCUGAUGAAGAUAUAUUAGGGUUUGAAUUAGACGAACAAAUAUUCCUAAAUAAAGAAGAUUGGAACAGCUACACUCAUUGUUUAGCGUUACUAGAUGAAGAGAAAAAUUAUCCGUCUAAAUAUGAGAAAAUAUUCUCAAUGGGCAACAAAAAAUAUGAGUUCCGUCUUGGCGAAGUUCACAAUGACGAUUUAUCUUUAUUCUCAAGCGUUCUUUGUGGAGCUGAUCGCGUGGAUUUUAUCUCUCCCGCACACUUACGCGAAAUUGUAUGUUCUUUGCUAAACGAAUUGCAUGAAACCAAUCAAGAAUGUACGAACAAAGAGAAUCUGAAGGGAUUUGAUGAGCGUCGAUUUCGCGCCUUGGCACGGUUGUAUCCAAAAUGUCUAUUUUGUGUAAUAUGUCGAAUUUGUAUAAAUCAGCAGAUCACUUCUAUAAUUAUUUACAAAUAUGUCAACGAUAUCACGUCAUACGAUCGAUGUGUUUUCAUCUUGAGCGAUAUUUCAACCGGUCAAUGUCAACCACUGUAUUUAUAUAAUAACCAGAAUGGAGAAGAAGAAAAAAGCAAGUUUAGAUAUGAUGAUCCGGUGAUGAGAGAUCUUCUUCGUGAAUUUGUUUCCAAGCAGUGGAAUUAUACGGACGAGCUUAAAUAUGAGCACACAGAACUCGACGAAGUUGAUACAUUUGUUCAAAAUCAAACUGAUACCAGUGACAUAUGCCGCCUAUUGGGCACAAGUUUUACACCAGAAAUCGAAAAAAUUUUGGAAACGAAUAGUCAUGUGUCGAACGAUAGAUACAGCGAGCAGAUACAAUCCAAUGUAAAUCAAGCAGAUAUCAAUUUUUUAUCUGAAAAUCCAUUGUUGACAUAUAAAGAAUCUCAUCAAUUCGUUCAAGAAAAGGUUCCCGGUGAUGGGCAUUGCUUAUUCUAUUCACUAUGCUUGGUAUUAUCCAAUUUGACAAAAUCUGAUUACAAACAAUUAAGGAGAAGGGUUGCCAAUUAUAUUCGUCAGUUGGAAACCAUUGACAAUGAAACGUGGAGCAGUUACACACAUCUAACUCGGGAACAAUAUUGCUACGAAAUUGAGCAUACAAAUAAAUUUGGAGAUGAAAUGGAAGUACGUGCCUGUAGUUUGAUAUAUAAAAUAGUAAUUCGUGUAGUCACUGUGGUAAGAAGUGAUGAUAAAGUAGCAUCUGUGCACAUUACUGAGUUUCCGGACGAUGAUGAACUAUCUUUCGACGAAUGCGUCUAUAUUAUUCUUGACGGAGAACAUUAUGAACCGUUAUAUGUAACUAGCAUUGGUCGACAAGAUGAAGCUGUUCGAAUUUUCGAAUAUCAUGAUAGAUCAGCAUUCGAUUUGCUUAAUAACUUCAUUCAGCAAAAAUUUCACUAUUUCGGUAAGGUAGAAGUCCAUAAAAGAUUGAAACAACUACUAGAUCUGGAACGUCAUUCUGAAUCUGUAAAUGACCGUUUCGAUGUAUCGAAAUUAGCCAAGAUCGAUGGUGCUAGCAUUGCAUCGAACAAACGAAAACUGUUAGACGAACAGGGCACACCCAUGAUCAGUAUUAAAAAAACAUCGUCGAUUCCAAUUACAUGUCAAGGAAAAGAUGUGUAUUCGCCGGUGUAUCUUUGUCCUACGCCUGCAAGUGAUCAAAAUCUGUCCCCUGAUAUUAUCAAUGAUCAAUCGAAUAUUAUUGAAAAUUUAUUACAAGCAUCAGCCUCUCCAAUCUUACAUAGUCCCAAAAACAAAGCACAACAGAAAGAAUUAUCUCCAACAGUUUCAUGCUAUAAUAACAGCAAUCUCUUCAAUCAUAGAAAGAGCCAACUAUGCCUAAAACUUGAGAUUCAGCCCAUGACCGCAUUUCGCGCUCGUUUAGAAAGCGACUAUAUUUCCAAGAGUGCAAAGAAACGAAAUGGUACCCCGACGGAACCAAGACCGCCCGUUUAUUUUCCUGACAAAAAUCAUAAUCAUUGGCUCAAAUUAUUGAUAUUGAGUUCACUAUUAUUCAAUGAUGAUCCUUCUUCAUUGUGGAUAGAAAUUUGCAUAGUGACGCAGACAAUCAACGAAUGCAUAUUCAUCAAUCCGCUCUUUGAAUUUUAUUGCCAUAACACUGACUCAACACUUCGUACGCUAAAUCCAAUUAUGAUCAAGUUGGGAAGUCAGCCGGAAUAUAAAAUAGAAGAGUAUCAAGAGAAUUGGAAGUGUAUAAAACUGUACCUGGCUGUUAUUCGUGUUACAAAUGCUGACUUGGUCCGAAAGCAACCAAUAAUACGAUUUGACUCGCCAUUGUCAAAAGUAUCCUCGAAUGUUGUGGUUACUUGUGAUAGAGCAGAUGAGUUUAAGCGACAUUACACUUUAAAAAAACUUCGUUUUGCAUUUACACCGUGGUUAAGAAAAGGAUCUGAAAGUGAACACCAUCGCCGUGCUGACCUUCAAUACUUCAGUGAUUUUUCUACGGAAAAUAAAGAUUUCAAAAUCUCCGAUGCAAAUAAACUAAUUUUUUCAAGCAAUACUGGUGCACCAUUCCAACUGGAAUUGAAAUGA